UAGUGUUCUUCUGCUUCCAAGUUUCAAUCCAAGCAGUGAGAGAGAAAGAGAAAGAGAGAUGGGGUUGGGUGUACCUGCGAUUCCAUUCACGUUUGUAGUUCACAUAUUGGGAGUUGCUGGUAUUGUGAUGGUGUUGGUUUGGAACAUACAUUUCAGGGGUGGCUUAGCUUGGGAUUCUUCAAACAAAGCUCUCAUUUUUAAUCUCCAUCCUGUUCUUAUGCUAAUUGGAUUAAUAAUUAUUGGAGGUGAAGCUAUUAUAAGCUACAAAUCUCUUCCAUUGAAAAAGGAAGUCAAGAAAUUGAUACACAUGGUUCUCCAUAAAAUCGCAUUAAUACUUGGAAUAACUGGAAUUUAUACUGCCUUCAAGUUUCAUAAUGAAAGUGGGAUUCCCAAUAUGUACAGCUUGCAUUCAUGGCUUGGAAUUGGUGUUAUUGUCCUUUAUGGAAUUCAGUGGAUAUUUGGGUUUGUGAUCUUUCUCUACCCUGGAGCGAGUUCAACCCUAAGAGUCAAUUUACGUCCUUGGCAUGUCCUAUAUGGGCUUGUUGUAUAUCUCUUGGCUGUUGGAACUGCUUCUCUUGGGUUUUUGGAAAAACUCACUUUCCUGCAGAACUCAGCAGGAUUGGCAAAAUAUGGUUCUGAGGCCUUCCUUGUCAAUUUCACUGCCAUUGUCACUAUCUUAUAUGGUAUAUUUGUUGUAUUAUCUGCUAUUUCUCAGGGACCCCCUUCAGAUGAUGACUACGCACACAUAUAGAUUCCUUUUUUAUGUCACUCCUAUAAAUCAAUCUUAUGUUUGCUAGUGGGAAUUGAGUACGAAAGUGACACAAAAAAAAUGUCAUUAUGAGAAAUAAUGUAUGUUAUAUAGACACGACGUGUAUUUCCUAUGAUCUUAUAUUUAUAAACAUAGGUAGCAGCAAUCAAGCUCUGUUAUAUAU